AUGUCUCGUAGAAAUACUUCUAGAGGAGUGACAAGAGGUCAGCACAGGGUUCCCCUUGCUAGAAUAGAAAAUGAGGUUCAUGGUCUUGUAACAUUUUCAAAACGGCGCACUAUUUUAUUUAAAAAAGCCAGUGAGAUGUCCACUUUAUGUGGCACCGAAAUUGCGAUGGUGGUAUUCUCACCAUCUGGCAAACCUUUUACCUUUAGCAACGCUGAUAUGAAUACCGUCCUUACCAAGUACUUUGGUGAAAUCCCCACAACAGAAGCCAACAUCGCUGAACCUAUUAUCCGUGCUCACCAGGAGGCAAAAAUGAGAGCGAUGACCUCUCAAAUCAACAUCCUUGAAGCUCAAAUCGAUGAAGAAAUGUUGGUCAAUCGAGCUCUGAGAGAGGCUAAAAAAGGUAGACCAUCCAAUUCAGAUCUUCAAUUGCCUGAGCUACAACCCAUGAAACACCGCAUGGAAACACUCCGUGAUCAAGUAAUGGAGAAAUUAAAUAUGUUUUCCAUAAUGAAGGCACAAUCUCAAGCCAUGGAAACUCGCUUUGGAGCCAAUGAUGGCGCUGGACCAAGUGGUGUUUAA